AUUCUCAAUGAGCACUAAAACACAUCUUAAAAUUGGCUCGUUGUCUGAGUUCAAACUGCCUGACUAGGCAACAGAGGAAACAUAUCAUCAGAAUCCCCCCUUUGGCAAUACCUGCUGAUUGGGUCCUAAAAAAAAAAAAAAGCAAGCAGCUUUUAACUUUUAAUAUUUGGCUCCCGAGUUCUGCCACGAGUAGGCUAGUCGCGUAAAAUAGAUUAUCCCUCAGUGUUUUUUGGAGGAUAGAAAUUAAAAUCCAGCCGUGCAGAUUCGUUUUCUUUUAUCUUUGUAAAAUCGCAGUGAGCGUAUGAGCGCGCAUGUAGGCUUUCUGAGAAGUUUUAGCGAAACUUUAAGGAUGAUAUACCUUGGAUGUUUCCUGUUGCUCUGUGGGCUUACGCAUGUCAUGGCAAGUUAUCCCAUCUGGUGGUCACUAGCAGUGGGCCACCAGUACUCAUCACUGGGCACUCAACCCAUCCUCUGUGGCAGCAUCCCGGGUCUGGUGCCUAAGCAGCUGCGUUUCUGCCGGAACUACGUGGAAAUCAUGCCCAGUGUGGCCGAGGGUGUGAAGAUUGGCAUCCAGGAGUGCCAGCACCAGUUCCGAGGCCGACGCUGGAACUGCACCACGGUCAAUGACAAUCUGGCCAUUUUUGGGCCAGUGUUAGAUAAAGCCACUCGAGAGUCAGCAUUUGUCCAUGCUAUUGCCUCUGCGGGAGUGGCAUUUGCAGUGACUCGUGCCUGCGCUGAGGGUUCAGCAACCAUCUGUGGAUGUGACACACGCCACAAGCCCCCCCCUGGUGAGGGAUGGAAGUGGGGUGGCUGCAGUGAGGAUGUGAAGUUUGGGAGCAUGGUGUCCCGGGAGUUUGCUGAUGCGCGAGAGAAUCGCCCAGAUGCACGUUCAGCCAUGAACCGCCAAAACAAUGAGGCAGGAAGAAUGUCCCUUGAUGACAACAUGUUCCUGAAGUGUAAGUGCCAUGGACUGUCAGGCAGCUGUGAGGUCAAGACAUGCUGGUGGUCUCAGCCUGACUUCCGAGUUAUUGGCGACUACAUGAAGGAUAAGUAUGACAGCGCAUCAGAGAUGGUGGUGGAGAAACAUAAGGAGUCGCGUGGAUGGGUGGAGACCCUGAGACCCAAGUACAACUACUUCAAACCCCCCACAGAGCGCGACCUGGUUUACUAUGAAAGCUCACCCAAUUUCUGUGACCCCAAUCCAGAGACCGGCUCCUUUGGUACCCGCGAUCGCAUCUGCAAUCUGACAUCCCAUGGCAUAGACGGGUGUGACCUCCUCUGCUGCGGCAGAGGCCACAACACCAGGACUGAGAAGAGAAAGGAGAAGUGUCACUGUAUUUUCCACUGGUGCUGCUACGUCAGCUGUCAGGAGUGUGUGAGGGUCUACGACGUGCACACCUGCAAAUAAGGACGUCUGGUUCUCACCUUUUCUCACCAAAAUGACUUCAGUAGGCAGAGGAACAAAUACAGCAACUUAUCUACAAGACAUGAGAGACUGAAGAGCUGUCUGAUUGGUCCUUGGACUCCAGUGGCAAACGUAGCAGAUUUGUGUUUUGUGCCAAAAAGAGCCAGUCGCUGCCUAAUCAACUGAAUGGAUUGAGUAGAUGUUGACAUCACAAAUCGUCAUCAUAUUAACAGUGAUGAUGGUGAUGAUGACAACCCUGUUUAUAUCUCCAGCGAUGACGAAAGCGUUUUCAUGUACUGACGUAGGAAAGGAGAACUGUUGGCCAAUUGACAAACACCAUAUUGGUGAUUUUUUUUCUGUGUUCCAAAUAGUUACAUUUGUUGAGAAUAGUACAGCACGGCCAAUGCUUUUAAGUCUACGGGGCAAACACUGAAAGUGUCACAUUUUCGUCAAUGUUUAAUCAUUACUUGUUUUUGCCACACAAAAGGGACAUUUGUGAGCAACUUACAUGAUCAGACACUCAACAGCAUGCAUUAUUCUCAACAUUAUAAGUAUCUGAAAACUAACAUUGUU